AUGGGCGCCUUCCUCCCCCUCCUGCUGCUCGCCGUCGCGGCCAAUGCCGGCCUGCUGGCCACGCCGUCGCAAGCCCUGACCCAGGACGGCCUCCACCUGCUCGACGCCAAGCGCGCGCUCACCGUGCCCGACGGCACGCUCACCGACCGGAACCCGACCGCCGCCACGCCCUGCGCCUGGACGGGCGUCACCUGCGACGCCGCCGGCGCCGUCACCGCGCUCUCCGUCGCUAACACCAACCUCGCCGGCCCGUUCCCCGCGUCGCUCCGCCGCAUCCCGCGCCUCGCGUCCCUCGACCUCGGCGCCAACUACCUCGGCCCGGAGGCCGCCGUCGCCGGGUGCAACGCGCUAACACACCUCGACCUCUCCGUCAACUCCUUCGUCGGCCCGCUCCCCGCCGCGCCGGCCGGCCUCCCGGCCCCGUCGUGGUGGUGCUGCUGUCGGCGGUCGCCACGGUGUGCGAAUGGGAAGGAGGAGGGGGAGGGGGCCUGA